GUCUCUGGGUGUGUCCUCCAGCAGGUACAGCUCUCUCUCUCUCUCUCUCUGUUGGACACUCAGUGUUCGGGAUGGAUGUGCUCUCUGUGACGCCGCUGCUGCUCCUGCUCUCUUUCCUCGGAUGCUGUGCGGGGCAGGACGUGCUGCCCGACGGCCCGGUGGACGCGGUCCUGGGCACAAAUGUGACUCUAAAGACGCUGGUGGACAUAUCGGAAUACAUCGCUAUUAGCUGGACCUAUAACGACGAUGGUGAGACGACUAGCGUGGCCACCGCCCUGGCCGACGGGUCGGUCAACGUGAACGAGCGGUACAAAGGCAGGGUGACGAUGAACAAUACCAACGGGUACCUGUACCUGGCGGGGCUGCUGGCCUCCGACAACGGGGACUACAGCAUCAGCAUCAUAGCCAAGGGUGGAGACACUAAAACCGGGGAGAUCCACCUCCGAGUCCUGGAGCCGGUGACAACUGUAGCCAUAACACCCAGCCUGCCCGAGGCCAUGGAGCACAACAGCACCGUGGUGCUGACCUGCACCGCUAAAGGCUCCUACCUGAAGUUCGCCUGGCUCAUGGGCACCAAGGCUAUCGUCGCUGAUGGCAAACGGAUCACCCUGAAAGAGGAGGAACUGUCCAGCAUUCUGACCAUCACAGGGGUCCUGAGGACGGACCUGCCGGCCCCUGUCACCUGCAGCGCCACCAACAAUCUGGAGAGCCAGAAGAGCGCCCCCUUCAGCCUCAUUGUGCACUACGGACCAGAUGAAGUUUCCAUCACUCCUCCAAACCCUUCCAAAUUCCUCCGCUCCAAAUCCAACUUCAGCCUGUCCUGUGCGUCCCCCUCCAGCCCCCCCGCCACAUUUAGCUGGUACCAGACCCAGCAGUUGUUGGAGGUGGCGGGUCCUGUCCUGACUCUGGAAGCCAUUGAGAAACUGAAGUUAGGCAGUGCAGUGGGGAAUUACACAUGCAGGGCCAAAAACGCCAAGACCCAGCGCGCCGCCUCCUCCCCCGCCGUCUCCUUCGCUGUGAUGGAGGCCAUCUCAGGAGCGAAGGUGAGCGGUCCGAUGUCCGUGCUCUUCGCCGGGAACAGCUCGGCCAACCUGAGCUGCGUCGCGGCGUCUGGCCAGGCGCAGAGCGUCCGCUGGGAGCAGGACGGAGCGGCCCUCAACCCCGUGACCCGCCGGGUCUUCUCCCCUGACAUGAGCUCCAUGCUCAUCAGCCCGCUGCAGAAGGAGGACAACGGAAAGUUCACCUGCAUGCUCACCAACCCCAUCAACACCGACAGCGCCUCCUACAGGAUGGUGGUCAACUACGGCCCUGAGGCGACCCUGGUGAGCGGGGAGUCUGCUGUGGAGGUGGACACCAAGGUGGUGUUCACCUGCUCCGCCGCCUCCGUGCCCCCCGCCAACUUCACCUGGAAGUUCAAUGGCACCAAGACCGACGUCAAAACGGCCCAGUAUCAGAUCGAGGCGGCUCGCUACAAAAACAGUGGAAUGUACAUGUGUGAGGCGCACAACCCCCUCACUGGCAAGACCAGCACCCACACACACACCCUGUCCGUCAAAGAGGAAGGAGCGCUGGAUGAAGGUCUCUCAGACGGAGCCAUCGCUGGGAUCGUGAUCGCAGUCCUGAUCGCUCUCGGUGCCGCCAUCGCACUACUCUUUUUCUGCAGACAGAAAGUGCCGGUCGAGUCUCCGUACUAAAGAAGUUCCUGCACACUGCUGGAGACCCUGGCCAAACAUCAGACCAUUUCGUCUCCCAUGAUGCAUCUGUACAGCCGGGAGAAGCGUCCAGUUGGACCCAGCUGGUUCAGUCCAAGCCCUCGCUAAACCAUUUCCCAUAAUUCCCCUCUGUCUCUGUCUCUCUCUGGCUGGCAAGGACAAUGGAAACUAGAUUUUCCUCAAACAACGGAUUCUAUCAGUUUGGAUUACUAGCUGCAAUCUUCUGAUCUACUUUGGGUUUUUUAAAGCUUUUUCCACUUUCGUCCACUAUCACUGGAUCCUCACCUCUUUCUCUUCCUCUCUUCCACCUGGUGCUAACAAACGUCAUCCUUCACCCUGUGUCCUGCCACUUCCUUCAGGAAGCUAACAACACGGAGAAACAGAGACGUUUCCUGCACUGAAGCUGACAGGCGAUGAGUGACUCUCUUUAUGCUGCUUGAAACCUGAGGAGGACACACAUACACACACACACACAUACACACACACACACACAUACACACAGGCCACACACGUUGACAAUCAGGAUUCAGGGGUUGAAUAAUAUCUGAAGUUUUUUGGUGCUUUGAUUUAUCUCCCUCUCUGUGCCAGGCGGGUGGGGUUCCCUGGUGGGGGGGGUCUUGAGUGCAGCGGAUGUUUCAGUUUAGUCUUCCAUUAUAGGACAUGUUGAUCCUUAAUACCUCAGGUUUCACAACACAGACGCUCAAACUACUGAGCUUUAGGCUGAAAACAUCUUUAAACCUCUGGAGGUUUUGGGGUACCUUCACUUCCUUAAAGACUACCUGCCAGCCAAUCAGAAACAAGUACAUUUUUAACUAUAAUUAUUUUUAACUGGGUCUUAAAGGUAGGGUUUGAGAAACCGGCUGGAGAUACACUUUUUGUUAUAUUCCAUGGAAUGCUCUUAACAUCCCGAUAGCAAUGAAUAUCUUAAGUGCUUUGACAAAAAAUCCAUAAAAAAAUGUCAUCUGUGGAAGCCGUAGUACUGUAAAAAGCACGACCAAUCAUUUUAGCCGGCCUAACUAGAUGGCCUACCUGCCUGUCAGCCUUCCAUCUGUGCACAAACUUAUCUCGUGCCCUCAUUGGUCAUGUGCGCGUUCGUGUGUGUUGGAGGAGGGGCUCUAUAAGGAAGUGGCAGAUUUUCUCCGGUUGUGUAUUUUCAAAUUCUAGCGAUCUCGAGCCGGUUUCUCAAACUUACCUACCCUACCUUUAAUGGUCUUAGAGUGAUUUCCCUAACAUUGGGAUUCCUUAACUUAGUUGAAAAGUUCACCACGAAAAACUGUUAAUGUUCUUCUGAGAAACAUAGCAUUGUAUAACCUUCGCUAUGAAUAUCAGCUUCUAAAAUACAUUAUCAGUCAGGCUGUGAAGUCUAAAAACAAGUUACAAUAGGAAUAGAUACACACACACACUCCUUCAUCUUCACUGUGAUGUGGGUUUCUCCCUCUCCUGCUUUACCUUCAUCCCCCUUGUUUGUGGUCCAGGAUCCUCAUCUCACACUCCUUAUGUGGAACACAUGAGUGGACAAGCUUCAACAUGCAGGGGUGAGUCAGGUGGUGAAGGUGAAGCAGGAGAAAAGAGAAGAGAAGAAAAACGGGCGGGGCAACAUGUUUUCAGUUUAUGAGGGAAGGUGAGAUCCAUGGCGGUUCCUUUUUAAACCACUUUACCAUAACAGGGUGGAAGUUAUUUUAAACUAGAUUAUUCACCUUGGUUUUUAUCUGAAAAUGUAAAAGAAAUUUAAAUCAGCCUAAUAUCACUAAUCUGUCUUUACACUCUGUCCGCAUUCCCCUGCAGCGCACAAAAAAACUAAAAGAGCUCCACUUCCUGUUCUGUGAAGUUCAGUUUCUCGGUUAAUCUAUAUGUAUGCUUUUUAUCAUCGGACUUCAGAGGAUUUGUCCUGGCUUGGAGCUGCUGUAGUUGUAUUGUUUGUGUUGGUAGGUUGUGUGUGAUCUCAGACUUCCACCUGCACUGAUCUCCAGUGAGAGAAGUAUUUAUUUGUUUCCAAAAAUUCUCAAAGUUGCUCUUACUGAAUUUAAAAGACAAUGUAUCAUUUUCAACAUAUUUAUUUCUCCAGUUUGGGAUAACACACAGCACAGAAUGUAUUCCUAACAUCUAUUGUCCUAACGCAACCUGUGUGUUUGUUCGAAGAUGACACAAGCUGCCUUAAUAAAAACUGCCCUGACUGUAAAUAAUAGAAAUAUACACUGUAAACAAUUUGUGAGACUUUUGGAAAUAUACAUGGUGUUUUUAUUUCUUAUCAUGAUGAUAAAGCUUUCUUUUUUUUCUCUUGGCUUGUUGUUGUUUACAGAAACCGCCUUUGAAAUUCCUGUAAUAAUCUUAAAAUAAAUGUCCCCAAGCUUAAAUGUAUGUCCAAUUUAACAUCCUUGUAAAGCCAUAAAAGUUGUGGAAAUAUUUUCCUAAUUUUG